AUGGCGAGGAGGCCACGCGUGAUUGGAAUUCCGGAGGGGGCGGUGGCGGAUGAUACUGAUACCAAUAGUAGGUCUCUAUAUGUAUGUACCUAUGAGUGCAAGACUGGUCAUGUUCGUUACGAUAUUCGCGCCAUUAAAUUGGGCGAUUUAUUAUACACAUUCAAAUCCAAAUCCAAGAUAGAGUUACUGCGAAAAUUGGCUUCUGUGGAGGGCAAGGGUGUUCCCUACUUGAUGGGUUGCAGUUUGUUGGGCUCCCAAAUUCUUCUUGCCGGCGGCCUGGAACCGGGGGACCCGAAGCAGUAG